GUUUUCUUGUAGUGAUAAGUGUCGCUUUAGGUUUCGGCACACAGAUUAAGGAAACAAUUUAUUUUGUACAUUUCCUAUAAAAAACACUCUUACAUAUACACCUAACCAUAUUUCAACCAAUAGAAAAAUAAAUUUUGCAUAACAUUAAUAAAUUUUGCAUUGAAAAUCGAAAAUGGCACUUAUUUUGUAACAAAAACAUUCUCUAAAAUGACCCUUAAUAUGAAACGGAGGGAGUAUUAUAUAAUACUAGUGUUUUGUUUGAAAAUAUUGAAAAAUGUUUGUAUAUGUUAUCAAAAUGUUGCAAUGAAUUUUCCACUAAAAGUUAUAUUUUCAUUUUUGGUUAAAGGGGAAUUUAUACAGGACGUAAGACCAUGAUUAUCGGUAAAACCCCAAAUGAGGUCCUUAAGAAUUUUUUUUUUAUUUUUUUUUUAAAGAAAAAAUUAGAAAAUAAACCAAUCGCGGGCCGCCACGUGGCAGUGGGGCCCGCAAACAGUGCAAAAAAUCCCCAAAGACUGAUCCUUAUUUCGUGAUUUUGGGGACUAGUUUUUAAAAUUUUUGUGGGAUCCACGCGUCAGUGGGGCUCACAUUUUGUCAAAAACCUCUUUAAUAAACUUGGGAUGUUUAUGCUCUUAGCAUGAUUAACCCUAUAACCUCAUUUGGAUUUCUUAAUGACUUUUUUAAAAAAUAAAUGUAAUUAAGAACUUUAGUUAAUAAACACUUAGUUUUUAUGCUCCAUUGGUAGUUUCUUAAUUAAGGAUUCUUAAAAAAAAAUUAAAUUUUUUUUUUUGAGUAUAAAUUUUUAUUUUUAAAUAAAAAAUAGUACAAGAUAACAUUUUAAGCAUAGAUUUUCAUAAAAAAACAAGAGUGUUGUGAAACUUUAUAUGGACUUUGAAUAGAAAGAGUGUUGUGGAGAGAGUGUUGUGAAGAGAGAACAAAAGUGUCGUGAAGAGAGAACAAAAGUGUUGUGAAGUUAUAUAGAACAUUAACAGAAGUCCGAGACUUUGUAUACAAACUUUAUAGUACACAAGAAUACAACAGUCUGUGAUUUUGAUAAUACACAACGAUACAAAAGCAAACAAAAGCUCGUGACUUUGCAUUGAAACAUGACACAAGCAUACAAAAGCAUACACAAGUCCAUGAGUGAUCUUAGAAAGGCCUGACAACAAACAUGACACUUUUCAUGAAGAUCUUCACACCAUGCAGUGAUGUCUUUCUCUCCGUGGUCCAUCAAACCCUGAAACACAGAAGAACAAAAGUCUCAGUUUUUUAGAUGACAUUUACACGAUAUGAUCACUUACACAUCCAGUCAUCACAAAAACAAAAGUCUCAGUAAUCUGGUUCAUAUUUAUGACAGCAAGAGAAACCAAAAGUCACAAGCUUUUCAUCACUUAGACAACUACAACAGGACAAGAACAACAACAACACACACCUAAACCACUAAAACAGAACAUGAAACAUAAAUAUGAAACAAGAACAACAACAGCACAUAGACACUCGUUUUAAGAGCAGUUGAGUGAUCGUACCAUCACCAGCAUCGUCAUUAGUAGCAGUAGCAAAACUCCAUAUGUGUUGACAAACCGAAAAACAAUCAAGCUUUACUCACACUUACAAAAAAAAGAAAAAAGAAAACAGAUAUGCCUUCUCAGACAAAGAUUCCUCUUUGAUGAUCUUAACUUAGUGAAACCACACAACCUAAUCUUAAUCAUUUGAGCUACUGAGAAGAAGAGUGAGAGUAAUCAUGAACAAGAUAUGAUUCAAUUGUUGCCAAGGAAUAAAUAAAUACAUAUCCAAUCAAUUCAAUUUGGAUUAUCUCUAUUUUAACACAAAUGAGUUAAAAAUCGCACCUUUUGCUCCAUGGAUUGCAUAAGAGCUUGAUUAAUAGAUCCAACAUUGUUGAUCUGAGAGGAUCUAGCACUGAAACCACGGCUGCGCAUGUCCACGACACCGAAACCAGAAACCCUAGAAACUCCUUUGCUGAAAAUCGAAGACGAUGGCCUUUGUCGUCUCAUGGAGAAGACAUCGUCGUGUUCACGGAGAAAUAAAAGAGAAGACGAAGAAAGAGAAAUAAAAAAAAAUAAAGAGAGAAAAAAAAAAUUAUAUUUGAUUGUAUGCUGACAUACGUGUGUUUAAAACCCUUCUAAAGAUCAGUGUCUAAAAUGCUCAAUUAAGGAUCGGUUAUCUAAAUUUAUUUACUUUUGAUUUAAUUAAAUGAGUGAUUUUCCUUAAAAACCCUAUUAAGAAACUGGGAUAAUCAUGGUCGGUUCUUACCAACUUUCCGUUUAAUUUUGCGCCAAACAAAAAUGUUUCCUUCGCUUGCGUUAGCGACGGCACCAAUGCCCUUGACGAUUAUCUCUGCCACAAGACGGUCCCAAGUCACGCAACUUAACGCAAAGAAAACCAAACCGGAGAAGAAGCGGGCAACGACGACGACGUCGACGAGCGGUUUCUCCGGAGGAACAGCGAAGGAGCUGACGUGGCAAUGCAUAGAAGGCUGUGGAGCUUGCUGUAAGCUCGCAAAGGACUUCGCUUUCGCCACACCUGACGACGACCCCGAUGACGUUGAGCUGUAUCGAAGCAUGAUUGGUGAUGAUGGGUGGUGUAUAAACUACGACAAAGCUACAUGCAAGUGCUCCAUUUAUGCUGAGGUUUUCAAGACUCUCUACGGGAUCGAAGAAAAGAAAUUCAGCAAGGAAACUUGCAGCUGCUGCAUUGAUACCAUUAAGACGAUACAUGGCUCAGAUUCCAAAGAACUAGAUAAGUUCUUAUCAGAAAACAUAAUUUUUGAAAGCCUCUUGUUUACUUCACAAAGAAACCUCGAUGAUGGUUCUUAUUUCAAUGGCUCCUCCUUCCCAGUUCCUGCUCCUUCAUACAGAAAAACCUCUCAGAAGAUUGAUUAUGGAUUCAAGCCUGGAGGUAACAGUAUUUCUGCUACACUCCAUAAAUUUUGUUUUCCAAGAACCUCUAAAUAAGAAACUCCCAUUGGAGCACAAAAAUGUUGGUGUCUCUUAACUUGAUCUCUUAAGUAACAUUUAAUACUUAAAAAUCAUUAAGAAACUCAAAGUGGGUUUUUUGGUUAAUGAUGCUCUUAGCAUUCAUCUCGGAUCAUCCUGUCUUGUUUAAAGAAAAAGUGAUGGGUUUUGUUGUUCACGUGGUUCCUUUUAAAUAUUAGUAUAACGUUUUUCUUGUAGUCUGAGGAGUUAUAUAUUAAUUUGGAUGCGAUUAUUUAUAUAAUUAUUAAACACAUAUAACUUUUGUUUUGUUUUUGUGUGAUGGGAAUAUGGUGAAAAUUGAGAUCGAAGCAAAGAUAAGUACUUAACACUAUAGAUUCCAUUGUGUGUAAGCCUCUUCUUUACUCAACAAUUUAUUAAAGUUCCAACAACUCAAAUUCAAAUCUUUGCCUUUUAUAUUCUUUGGUAACGUGAUGUAUGUAUAUAUUCGGCUUUUUAAUAAAACCAUAAUUACCAAGCA